AUGGCAUCACCACCAUCUACCUCUAAGAAACUCAAAACCCUGAUCCGAAACUUUAUCGUUUCACAGCUAAGUUGCAUCGAUGUUGUUCUUGCGAAAGCUAAAUUAGUUUGUACUGAAUUUGUGGAAGAAACAAACCUGAAGAAUGUUCACAUGUUGUUGUCUUUAAUGUUCAAGAAGAACAAAAACAAGAACAGGUUCAAUCUUAGUUCAUUCAGGUUUUACUACAACUGGAGUUCAUCUCACGUGGUCCCAAAGAGUUCAAUCUAUGAUGGCUAUGUGUCCUAUGAUCCCACGUGGGAUUCUUUUGAAGAGGAAGCAACAUCAGAGUUGCAUGAUCUUUCAAGGUAUCUUCAUUGGCUUGAAGAAAAGAACAACAGAGCUUAUGAUAUCAAUGACAUUGACAGUCUUGCUGACAAAUAUAUAGCAAACUGUCAUCAAAAGUUCAUAUUGGAGAAGCAAGAAUCUGAUAGAAGAUUUCAAGAAAUGAUGAUGAGAAGUGUGUGA